AUGAGAGCUUGUACUGUGGUGUCUACUGACGUAGGUCUAGUGACAGUUGAUGUUGUUGAGAUGAUGAUGGUGGUUCGGGGUGUUGCGGAUGACCAUUACAAGUUUAUAUUUAUUGAUGUUGGCGGUUUCGGCAAACAAAGCGAUGGGGGAACCUUGAGGGCGUCAGAUUUUGGAAGGUUGUUGGAACAAAACAAAUUGUGUAUUCCCGAAGAAAAGUGUUUGCCUGACAGCAAUAUAAAAGUUCCACACGUUUUUAUUGCAGAUGAAGCGUAUCCCUUGCGCGAGAAUCUCAUGAAACCUUAUUCGAAAAAAGCUCUUGGGGAUGCAGAAGAAGUGUAUAAUAAACGGCUAUCAAGUGCUAGAAAAACCAUUGAGUGUGCCUUUGGCAUUCUGUUUUGCUAA